AUGUCAGCUCUUAAUAGCACAAUUUCCAGUACUGUACUACUAACCUCUCGCGUUCCUUUAGCAUUUUUAAUGGGCUUAUUAGCUUUUGCUAUAAUGCUAGGAAAUGCCAUUGUCAUUUUAGCUUUUGUGGUGGACAAAAACCUUAGGCAUCGAAGUAAUUGUUUUUUCCUUAACUUGGCCAUUUCUGACUUCUUUGUUGGUGUGAUCUCCAUUCCUUUGUACAUCCCUCAGAAGCUGUUCAACUGGAACUUUGAAAACCAAACCUGUACAUUUUGGCUCAUUGUUGACUAUCUUUUGUGUACAGCAUCUGUGUACAACAUCGUACUCAUCAGCUAUGAUCAAUACCAGUCAGUCGCCAAUGCUGUCUCUUACAGAGCUCCACGCACUGGGAUAUGGAAGAUCGUGGCUUUGAUGGUGGCCGUCUGGGUUCUGGCCUUCUUAGUGAACGGGCCACUAAUUUUAAUUUCAGAUUCUUGGAAGACACAGAAAGAGCAUUGUAGCCCUGGGUUCAUUUCAAAAUGGUAUGUCCUUGGCAUCACGUCAUUGCUGGAAUUCCUGGCCCCACUCUUCUUAGUGGCUUAUUUCAACAUCUAUAUUUACUGGAGCCUAUGGAAGCAGCGCAGUCAUCUCAGUAGAGCUCAAAGCCCUCCUGAAUCCAGUCCUGCCUCUUCAAGUAACUCUGGACACUUGUUCAAGUGUGGAUUGUUUUCAAAGGCAUCUCUUGCUGAACCGAAGGAAGCAUCAGCACCCCUUCAUUUAGAAAGACAACAAAGAAAAAGCAGCCUCUUGUUUUCCGUAAGAACCCAGAGGAAUAGAGAUAUAAGUGCUUCCAAAGCAGGCUCCUUCUCCCACUCAGAUAACCUAACUCGUCACCAAAAAGAAUAUCUUGAACUGCUUAGAGCCAGGAAAUUAGCCAAAUCACUGGCCAUUCUCUUAGGGGUUUUCAUCCUUUGCUGGGCUCCUUUUUCUCUGUUCACAUUUGUUCGUUCAAUUUACAGCCCAGGUCAGCAUGCUGAAACAUUUGUGUACGAUAUCACAUUUUGGCUUCAGUGGUGUAAUUCCUUUGUCAAUCCUUUUUUGUACCCAUUGUGUCACAAACGUUUUCAGAAGGCUUUCUUGAAAAUAUUUUGUGUGAAAAAGCAACUCAUACAAUCAUCUAAUCGGUCAGUGUCCUCUUAA